GUCUUUAGUCAAUGUGAUUUAUACUUGCACAUAUUUUUAUCCCAUCGCCCACCCUCUACUGUUCCCAUAUUUGUAUUAUCAUAUCAUAGUUUAUAUAUCAUCAUUCAAAAUUACGUAAUAACACGUUUUACUUUUUCUGUGAAAAUAUUCCAGUCAUGACAGGAGGAAGAGAAAUCCUGCACAAGAUGAAGGUAUUCUAAGUGUACCCUCAUCUAAUGGGCCAAGGUAGUUCCAGCUCAAAUUUAGAGAAGUCUAAGUGCAUUUUUCUCCGAUUUUGGUUUCAUGAGUUCCAUUUCUUUCCUUUGCUGCUUGGGAAUGAAGGAUGAUUGAACAAAGAAAGGGCAUGUUUUAUCCCUUCCAUGCCAGACUCACCAGAUAUAAGAGGCAAGGGUGGAGCAUCAAAGCGGAUUGCUCAUGGCUCCCACUUGGUGAAGGGGAGGUCUAAUCAUGCCAUGGAAGAUUGUUUAGUUUGUGAGUUUAAGCAAGUCAAUAACAAUGAGUUGGGCCUAUUUGCUAUCUUUGAUGGCCAUAUGGGCCAUGAUGUGGCAAACUACUUGCAGACACACUUGUUUGGCAACAUUUUGAAAGAGCAUGACUUUUGGACUGAUGCCAAGAGUGCAACUCGUAGAGCUUAUCAAACAACAGACAAAGAUAUUCUGGAAAAAGCAUUCCAAUUGGGAAAAGGAGGUUCAACUGCAGUUACUGCAAUGCUGAUUAAUGGUCAAACGCUUGUAGUUGCAAAUGUGGGAGAUUCUCGAGCAGUCAUAUCCAAGAAGAGUGUUGCCAAGCAGCUAUCAGUUGAUCAUGAGCCAAACAGGGAAAAGGAGAUUAUUGAAAGCAAAGGCGGUUUUGUUUCUAACCUUCCAGGUGAUGUACCUCGUGUUGAUGGACAGCUUGCUGUUGCCAGGGCAUUUGGAGACAAGAGCUUGAAGAGACAUCUUAGUUCAGAUCCAGAUGUAGUAAUCGAGUUGAUAGAUAACGACGUAGAUUUGCUCAUUUUGGCAAGUGAUGGUCUAUGGAAGGUAAUGUCCAACCAAGAGGCAGUGGACUGCAUUAAGAACAUGAAAGAUGCAAAAGCAGCAGCUAAACAUUUGGCAGAAUUAGCUAUUUCAAGGAAAAGCAAGGAUGAUAUUUCCUGCAUAGUUGUAAAGUUUCAAUAAAAGUGAAUCCUUUUGCAAGUAAAGCUGGGCUGUACAAAUGUUUUGAAUGAUAAUAUACUUUCCUGCUGAAUUAUACUUUGUUAAGUUGAAAAUAUUUCCUGGGAAUCAAGAUUAGUGGCAUCCAAAAAUUUCCACAUCUAUAAGAAAUUGUUGACAAUUGUUAAGUAUUGUAUAUUCAUUUUCUCAUAUAAAGAUGUUAGAUCUCCUUGUAAGCAGAGUCUGUAUUUGUUUUCUCAAAACUGUGUACCUUACCUAAAUAAUUAAUGGUGCAAAUAAGUACUUAGAAAUA